AUGGCUCCAAGAUUAUGGCAUGAAUGUUCUACAUGUAAUACUGAAAACGAUCUAAAAGUUUUUGUUCGAGAAAAAAAUAUUUGUACACAUCGUACUGAAGAACUUAGAAGUGGUGUAUCUAUAACAUAUAAAUGUUCAGAGUAUAGAGAAUAUCCACAAUGUCGUUAUCAAUUGAAAGCCAAACAGUUAGAUGGUAGGUUUUGUAUAGUUAUAACUAUUUUUGAGGGAGAAAUAAAAAAUAGGUAUUUUUUACUCAUUUGUUUGUUAGGAAAAUUUACAGUUUUUGAAUCUGAAUUACAUGAUCAUAGUCAAAGACAAGAAAAUAAUCGUCUUAAAUCACCAAUUCGUGCUGCUGUGCAAGAAAUGACACAUACAGGUUUAACACAAGGUCAGAUUCGUAAAGCUGUAUCAGUAUUGCAUCCUAAUUUAUCAAUUGAUACAAAAAUUAAAAACGUGGUACAAUAUACACGUCAGCAAACCCGUACACAGAUUAUUUCUGUUGAUGAUUUACAAUUAUGGUGUAAGGAAAGAAUUAAUUGUUCACCAGCUGACCAAUUGCAUCAGGUUUUUGUACCAUUUUAUGAAGUAAAAGAUAUUGAUAAUAUAUUUGUGCGUAUCACCACUCGUCAACUACUAUCAACUACCAAAUGUUCUUCAGUGUUGGCUGUCGAUUGUACGUACAAAGUGGCAUGGAAUAAUUUACCAAUACUCAUAUUUGGCACAUCAGAUUAUAAACGUCAUUUUCAUCCAAUUGGCUUAUGCUUGGUAUCAUCUGAUGAAGCUGCUUCAACAUAUAAAACAUUAUUUCAAGGUGUUCCUACAUGGGCGUCUAAUAUUAAUCAACAAACAUAUUUGAUAUCACAUGUGAUGGGUGAUGGAGCUGCAGGUAUUACAAGUACAAUGUCAGUUAUACCACGAAGUCGUAGAUUAAUGUGUUGGGCACAUAUGAUUAGAAAAUGUCGUGAACAUAGAAAAUUGAUACCAAAUGAACAAAAAAGGUUAAAUGUUGAAAAAGAUAUUGUUAAUUUACAAUUAUGUUUUCAAGAUAAUUUGUUUAGUCAAGCAGCAAGUUUGUUGUUAGGUAAAUGGAGUUUAGACAAUCAACUAGACAGAUUCCGUACAUAUUUUGAAGGACAAUGGAUAAAUGAUUUAUCGUUUUGGUAUGAAGGAGCGGUUUGUUUAGCACCAUCAACAAAUAAUGGUCUCGAAUCAUUAAAUGGCAAAAUUAAACAAUCAUAUACAAUGAGAAAUAAAUUAUCGUUGGCCACAUUUCUACAGACAGCAGAAAGUAUGUUACGUGAUUGGUCAACAAAGAGUGCUACAGAUGGAUUUGCUCAUACAAUUCAUUUUGAAGCUGAUUUGGAAUCAAAGGCACAUCAAUGGCCACAGAAGAUUGAUCAAAGUCAAAUUAUUCGAUUAAGUAAUACCGGUUAUGUGAUACCAACUACAAAUUCAACAAUGAAUACAAAUGUAUGGCUUCAACAGUAUUAUACAAUGUCAUGGAAUUCAUAUGAUGAAUAUAUUAGCUGGUUUAAUUCAGGGCAUUUAGUCGAUUUUUCACGUAUAACGGCUCCUUGGUACUGUACAUGUCGUUUUGGUCAAAAGGAAUAUUCAUGUGUUCAUACAAUCGGUUUAAUGAUUAUAUGGGGUUUUAAAACUGUUCCACAAAUAAUUGGUCAAAGAAAAGGAAAAGGUAGACCAAAAAAAGUAAAAACAGCUUUAACAAAAGAUUAA